UGAUCUUUCUGAACUCCUAACAGUAUGUCUUCGUAAACUGCUAUCACAUGAUCAAUCGAAUCGUUCCUGCAACAAUGUGACAAUGGUGAAAAACAAACUCAUAUUAAAGGAUAGGUUAAGAUACUUUCCUUCAGCAUUACAUUCUUUUUGAAUAAUUCGAGAAUAUAACGAGCCAUCGAGAAAAAUGAGCAAACUAUGGAAUUAUCUAGUUUUUCAAGGAUGGAUGUCGUACUUAAUGGCAGCCGGCCUGCUCAUCUUCACAAGCGGUUUCCUACUUAAUCGUGUAUCUAGGCCAGAACACGCCGAAUGUAAAUAUUGUACGGAUUCUGGAGACUGCGACAUCGAAAACCUUCUUCAGGAUCCUAAAACUGCCGCGACCACUUGCCUCGAAAAAAGGGCACGCGUCGUGUUGCUAGUCGUUGACGCAUUAAAAUAUGAUUUUGUAAAUUGGUACGAUGACAACAGCUCUGUCCCGACAUAUUAUGGCAACAAGAUACCAAUAAUACACAAACUACUGCAAACUCAACCAAUGAAUUCUCGUUUGUACAAAUUCAUAGCAGAUCCUCCGACAACAACUAUGCAGCGAUUAAAAGGUUUUACCACUGGAUCUCUGCCUACCUUCAUUGAUAUUGGAUCCAAUUUUGCUUCUGAAAGCAUAGACGAAGACAACAUUGUGGAACAGAAUGCUGGAAAAGGUAUUAUUUUCAUGGGUGAUGAUACCUGGACAAAUUUGUUUCCUGGUAAAUUCAAACGUCAGUUUCCAUCACCGUCUUUUAAUGUCUGGGAUCUGGACAGUGUUGACAAAGAUGUUAGGUAUCGUAUAUUUUUCGAAUUGAAGAAGAAGGAUUGGUCUCUUCUUAUAGCACAUGUCCUUGGAAUUGAUCAUUGUGGGCAUAAGCAUGGCCCUAAUCAUCCAGAAAUGACCAGAAAAUUAAAUGAUACUAAUACACUGAUCAAAGAGAUCAUUGAAUCUUUGGAAAAUGAUACAAUACUUUUUGUUGUUGGUGAUCAUGGAAUGACAGACACUGGGGAUCAUGGUGGUGACAGUUCGAAUGAAGUUGAAGCUGCCAUGUUUGUUUAUUCUUUGGUUCCUCUUCAGAAAUAUAAUUCAUUUCAAGGUACUGUGAAUCAGAUUGAUCUUGUUCCUACAUUGGCAUCAAUUCUUGGAACACCUAUACCUUUCUCCAACUUGGGAUCUGUCAUACUUGAUUCACUACCAAAGUCAACAAGAAAAGGAAAAUUGCAAGAUGAUCUGUGGUACUCAUUGCAUUCCGUAUGGAGAAACAUUGCACAAACUAAACACUACAUUGAUGUGUAUUCUAUAGACAGUUAUCUAUUUUCCAAGGAUCAACUUCAGAACUUAGAAGUCAUGUACAAUCAUCUAUUAGAACAGAUAAAACAUGUAAAUACCAUGGAGGAAUUUGAAUUAUUCAUUCAGAACAGCAAGAAUUACUUCAAACUGCUUAAGGACACUUGUUCCGAAGUUUGGGUGCAAUUUGAUUCUAGCCUAAUGUCUAAAGGUCUGGUCCUAAUGUUUUGUACCUUAUUCUUUUUCUACCUGUUUAUUACGGGUAUUCCAGAAAGUCGGAUGUCUAAGAUAUUUCAGUCAUCAUAUUUACAAUGUUCUAUUCUAGUGAAUCUAAUCACUGCGCUAGGUAUCUUCUUCUUGUAUUUCCUCAACAUUCUAAGUGAGUUUAAAAACACUGCAUUUUUCGCCACUGGUGUGGUUUCCAUGGUAUUAUUAGUAAUAUUAAUUGCCAAGAAUUGGGAUGUAAUUUCGAUGAGAUGGUACGAUUACCGCAAGAUCAAGAAAUUGAUCUAUAUCACUAGAGUGAUACUUCUUUUAACUGUAUUCAGUCUUUUUUCCAACAGUUACAUUGUCGAGGAAGAUAAUGUAUUGUCCUUUUUACUUGUUACGCUUCUUUGUUUGCUCGCAUUUAAUUUGAAACAAGAAAACUCUAAUGAAAAUUCCGAACGGAAGGCGAAGCCGUUCAUAAAGACGCAGCCAAAAUCAAAUUUAAGGACUGUAAUAAUCGCCGUUGGAUUUGUAGCAUGUGUGUCUAUAAGACUGUCCCAUUAUUUCUGGCGUUGUCGAGAGGAGCAGCAACAACGUAUGUGUUCUCUUCUGACAACUGGCAAAGCAGGAUCCAUAACAUCAGACAGUUUGGAACGUGUGUUACUUGCCGUUACCUUGAUUGUACUUGCUUUAUAUAUCACAAUAGUACGACUCUGGUUACAGAAUUGUGGUAACCUUUCCGGCUUUUCGCCCAGUGUUUUGGUAGGACAAUAUUGUCCUGUUGUAAUCGGUGUUUGUAUGGGUUGUUACUGGGUUCUUCAACGAUUACCAAAAUUUGUCAAAGUGAAGUUUGCGCUAUCCUGGCAAGUUAGUACAUUGCCGAACAUAGUGUACGCGUUCGGUUUAUUAUCGAUCAUUGUCCUCUGUUAUCGUCCUCUCAGUAUAUUCUUACUGCCAAAGAAGAAGGAAUCAAUUAAUCUAUACAGUGACGAGAACAUAGUACCACGACUGUUCGAGAAGAUAAAAGAGUCAAUAUAUCGUAAGAGGAUAGACGCCGAUGAAACACCAGUCGUUUACGGCUUGGGCACUGCCUAUAGUGCUGCAUUUAUCUCGUUGAGCGUUUUUCUUAUGCUGUUGUAUUCUCUAUUGUUAGGGGAUAUACUGUCUCCUAGCACAUUCUUGAUGUUUAUUUCUUGUGCCUCUGUUCUGGGCUUGUCUGCAAUAGAGAGAUACAACAAUGCUAAUACUAUAUCCGAACUUGUAGAAGUACCCACUUCUGCUCUAGUAUGUUGGUUUCUGAUAGCUGAGUAUUUCUUUUAUGGAACUGGCCAUCAACCAACCUUUCCCACCAUUCAUUGGGAAGCUGCAUUUGUCGGAACGGGUGGACAUUUUUAUGGAAACCUAUUACCAGCGAUACUAAUAGGAAUAAAUACAUUUGGAUCGCACAUUAUAUUAGGCGCAACAUUACCGUUAUUGGUAAUUGUACCAUAUACGUUAUACCUUGUAUUUCCGAAAUUGGUCAAAGCAAAAUUCUCGGAAGACGAUUUGAAAAGAGGGGAACUGCUACUUUUUGAACAGGACUCAGUGUUUCACGCGUCAGUUUUCUCAGUUGCUGGAAAAUAUACGCUGCUUCAUGGAAUUAGAACGUUUGGCAGCAUGCUAGCCGCGACGAUUCACUGUCGACAUUUAAUGGUUUGGAAGAUCUUCGCGCCAAAGUUGAUAUUCGAGGGCUUAGGACUGUUAGUGACGUUGAGCAGUGUGCUGGCAUCCUUUUACAUGGUGUUCAGAAUCGAUCAACGAAUGGAACAUCUUAUAUCCAGAAUGACGAAAGGCAGAUGAUAGUGAUCCACGUUUUAAUAAGGUGUACAAUAGAAAUUGUUAGUAAAAUACCAAAGUUUUCAGACGGGAUAACUCUAAUAUUAGGAUACGCGCCAAGUGGCUCUUUUUACACUUUAUUUCAGGGAUGAAGGUUUCUUUUUUUUUUAUUUUUUAUUAAAGAAAGACACAUAGACGUCUAACGUCAACACUUACCGAUACUGCCAAUGUUCCCGUGAUUUUAUAUGACUUUACAUAAUGGGACUGUUAAACCGUAUCUAACACUGAAAAAUUAUGCUAAAGUCUGUAGCACAGAAGAUUGUGAAACAGUGUCUCUCUUCGAUUCUUCAAAGACCAAGCCGUGUAAUCGAUUCUGGUGCUUCCUAACACACUAACGCUACCCUGCGUGCAAUGCAUUGCUGAUUUCAAUGAAACAAAGCAACGCACUUGAUGCAGGAUUGCGUCCAUGUGCGCUGGUAUCUGCUUGACUGGUGUGUACGGUACCAUUUUACCAUUUUACGUUCUUUAUUGUUCAAUGAACUCGAACGAAUAACCAUAAGUAGUAUAUACACGUCUUUUCUUCAUUCGUUACAACCCGACACUGUAUAUAGCAUGUAUUAUAAAUCCAACGGAAAAUUUAAUAAAAAGACAUUGUAUAUC